CAUCACCGCCUACACCCGAUACACGGAUUAAUAACAUCAUUUGCGUUCCUGCGGCUGAAACAGGUAAUAAGGUGUCAGACAACAAUGUGACUGUGUCUAAUAUAGGUAUAUCGUGUAACCAACAUAAAACGUCUAAUGAAACAUGUUCAAAUAUUACAAUGUUGAAGGUUUUACCAGUGACACUUUCAGGGCCAAAUGGCAGCUAUGAAACCUUCGCGUUUCUCGAUGAUGGCAGUACUGCGACUAUGAUCGAUUGUAAAGUGGCUGCUCGCAUAGGUUUAAUAGGACCUGAAGAGUUCAUAACUGUCAAUGGUAUCAUGGGUUUACAAAAAACUACAAAGGUAAGAUACGUUGACUUUUACAUAAGAGGUAAAUAUGAAUCUGAUAUCCAUUUGGUAAAUCGUGCUAAGGCUGUACAAUCGUUAGGCUUGAACGAACAAACUCUAUCUACAGAGACUAUUGAAUCUUAUGCUCACUUAAAAGACCUAGCCGAAUACUUGACAUAUGCUGACGCUACACCAACCGUACUUAUUGGUGCUGAGCAUUGGCAUCUGUCAAUAUGUCGCGAGGUUUGUGAAGGCAGACGUAACGAGCCCGCCGCUUGUCGCACUUUGCUUGGGUGGACUUUGUAUGGACCAACGAGUAGCAAAACCAAGCCAGUCGAGUUCGUCAACCGUUGUCAGUUAGACCGCACUGAACCUUCUGAAAAUGAACGCCUGGAGUCACUGAUAAAGGAGCAAUACAAACUCGACUCGCUCGGUAUCUCUAAGCGCGAGACUCUAUUUAGCAAGCUAGACUCCCGUGCCGUCGAGAUUCUUGACGCUACCACCACACGCUUACCGACCGGUAGAUAUGAAGUAGGUCUUCCGUGGUGUGACAACAUACGGUGUGUUCCCGAUAGCUACCCACAAGCUUUAACAAGAUUUCUAAGCCUCGAAAGGCGAAUGAUUCGUGAGCCCGCCUUCGCUGACGCGUAUAAAAAGUUUAUUGAUAACAUGAUUGCUAAAAAUUAUGCUGAGGAGUGCAAUUCCGGCACUUAUUACAAUCAUCUUAUCACUAAAAGCGUCAACACCAGCAUUGAUCUCAAACGCGAUACCUAUUUAGGCGAUUAUCCAAAUAAAAUUCACACCUUAUCUGAUAUGAUAAUUUACAACCUAGUACAGUCAGUCCGAAUAAAGCAGAAACAAAUUUUGACAUUAAGCUGUCAAGUGUGA